GCCCUGCCGAUUUCAUGUUACAGAACAGAAUUCAUACAUCUAGCGAUCGGUAGAUGGCGGUAAGAUGUUUUCAUGCAUUAGAAAACACGGUAAACUUGUUAGGUCAACUAUGACGUGUAAUUGUCUUUUCUUAUCUAAGCAAGUCGUCAAAACGCGAUUAGGGAUAUAAACAAAUCUCCUAAAUUAGUCUACAACACUAACCACAUUAGUCUGAGUGAAUCAGUCGCUGUGCUGAAGAAAAUGAUAUGAAAAAUCUAAACAGAAACCAACAGUAGACAGCACUAGAGCGUUUUCAAACUGAGAAUGUAUUUAUUUUUCCUGGUAUGGGUUUUCAUGCCUCUAAAAGAAUCAGAAUCUGUCUGUACAAUCCCUGUCUGGAAUCAGAUGUCAGAUGUAAACAGAUUACCUCAUAUGACGCAGCAUAAGGAUGGUGGUGGGUACCAACAGGUGUUACCUACCGGAGGAGUCAUAUCCUUAAAUGAAGGCGGUACUAUAAUACUAACCUGCUCAGGUUGCACAUCACAAAACAAUCUAAAGUUUGCGGAAAGUGAAUCAUCAGUGACUGUAACCUGCAAACACUCAAGUCUCUACUACAAAGGUAUCCGCCUUGACUUCGAAAAAGAUGUUAAAUGCAAAAAACUUGUUUGUAACUCAGUAAAGAAUACUGGGUCGUGUGGAAGGUCAGGAACAGAGUAUCAGAUAGGUUAUGAAGUUCAUGAUAGGGACGAUGUGCUGACAGAUGUGCUGUCUUGCUAUGACCACAGCUCCUGGAUUCCUUUGUAUGCCUUUCAUGUCGUACAUGGAAGAAACUUGGAAGGAGCUAAACAGAUUCCACGACCGGACUUCCGGAAGGGAACAUUGGAUAACGGAAGAAUUAUAGCAGAUGUGUUUCAACAAAAGAACCAAACGGAAAUAUUCAAGCACCUGACUGGUACUGACAAGUACAUAACACAUUCUAGUUAUCUUGAGAAAGGACACCUUGCACCGCAAGGAGAUUUUGUCUACCCAACUUCACAAAUAUCUUCGUUUUAUUAUAUCAACGUUGCUCCUCAGUGGAAAUCUAUCAACAAUGGCAACUGGAAGUCUGUAGAAUACGAUGUACGUCAAUUUGCAAAUAGAAGCGUAAGCGACGUACAAGUCUACACAGGCACUUACGACGUACUCAAUCUAAACGGAAAAAACAUAUACCUAGUCCAGGACAGGUACUUGCCUGUCCCUAAAUAUAUAUGGAAGAUAGUUUAUGCCUCUCUAGCUCCUAGAAAGAAUGGUGCUAUUGUAUUGAUUAUUCUUAAUAAUCCAUACGCUAGGAAAGUGGAACCACUCUGCAGGAGUAUCUGUGGUCCUUAUGGUUGGGGCAAGGAUGAAAGGUCGAAAUUUUCGAAAGGGCAUGUACAUUGCUGUGAUUAUAGGGAGUUCAGAUUGAAAGUGCCGUUUGUUCCAGAUUUAGACGUUACAGAGGUUCUUAGCGGCCCAAAUCCAAAAACAUUUGUCUAAUGUUAGGUUCUUUCCAACAACGAGUUUCUCCUCAAUAAAUCUGAAUGACUGAAUUUGUGCCUGAUAUUCAGAAUCUCCUGGUCCCUGCUACGUUAUUUUAAGUAAACAUUAUUUGUAUAUAGUCUAAUAUAUAAUUUUAGCAUCAACUAUUCCAUAAUAAACCCAUUCAAACUCU